AUGUUUGCCUCCCUGGUUCUGUCGCUUUGCGUGACACUCGCAUUUUCUGAAGCAAAAAUAGCUAUCAAAGGUGAAUCAAACGGGCUUAAAGAAGCGAAAAAAGCUACCAAAGGCGAAUCCGAGGGGCUUGGAAAAAUAAUUUUCCUACCGAACAUAAACUUGCUGGCCGACUUUCAAGAAAAGGAGAAUAGCAUUUUUGAUCCACUUCCACCAGAAUGCUUCAAAAAGUUCAUUAAUACAACGUCCAGCAGCAAUUUUGAUUACUAUAAAAAUACCAAGGCAUUUUAUACGUCACUUGCCACCGAGUCAAGCCUAAGCGCAUCGUUAACCUCUACGUUUACUUUGGGUGCUACUGUAUCAGUGGCAACAAAGAGCAAAAGCUCAGAGAAAAGCGAAGUGAGUGGCAUAUCUUUGAUCAAGCAGGCGUUGGCAGAAAAGAUAUACGUCGAUAAAAAAUGCCUCACAAGUGCCAAAACCUCCACCCUAAAUGAAGAAUUCAUGGAAUACCUAGAGGAGUUGCCAUUAAAAAUCGAUCAUCCUUGGCUUCCCAAUUCUUGGGAAGAAUAUGAAACUUUCUUGGAUAAAUACGGCUCUCACGUCAUAACGUCUGUGGAGACCGGAUCGAGAUUCCAGCAAAUGGUGUUCGCAGAGAGCUCUGAAUCGUAUAGUGAAAGAGAUUUCCAGGUGAGAGCCUGUGUCUCGGCUGCAGGUCCCACGGAUGUUGGAGAGCUUGGUCUUUCGGCUUGUUCUAAUGUGACAAACAGUGAAAAAUCCAAGGCAAGCAAGAUGAGCACUAGCGAGACACGGUUCGUCAGGGGAGGACUAAGGGAUACAAAUAGCGCGUUGGCAAAUGGAAAGACGUCGGCUGAACUGAUUAAGAAACUCAUGAAUGAAGCUGACGAGGCACCUUCGCCUGUCCAGCAUACUUUCAAACCGGUCUGGGAAAUAUUAAAAGAUCGCUUCAAAACAGGAUCUAAGAAUCACAUCCGAGCAACAAUUCUCCAGUACUACUACAGUGGAUACUUGGGUUAUGGUUGUCUCUACAGUAAAAGCGGAGAUGUUGAAGUUCAAAAGUUCGACUACACCAAACAAUCAGAGAGUAAAAAACCAGAAUUGGAAUGUUCUCUCGCUAAGGAAGGUUGCCAUAACGAUGACGAUUGUCAUUACGUAAUUGGAGCCUGGUGUACUUGCAAAGGAAAAACGUGCGUUCGCUACAAGUCGGUGAAACAAAUUACAGGUCAAACCAAAAAUACUGCAUACAUCAACAAACGAAAGUGGGACUGGAAAGGAUGCGGUUGGAAAGUCUGGGGGUCAAGGUGUGCUUGCAAGAACAAAGAUUGCAAUGAAAGGAAGGUUGUGUGGUCCUUAUCAAAUAGUAACCAAGAUGCUGGCAGGCAUAAAGCACCUAGAAACGGAACCUACUUCGAGGCAAAGGAUCCUGCCACGGGUCAAGCGCAAACACCCAACCCAGCUGAAGAUACUGCCAAACACCCAACAACCGACAGUACCAAUCAACACAAGACAAAACAUCCAAUUCAAAAUCAACUGAAAGAAGAGGAAGAAGAAAUUUGA